AUGGCACAUAUGCUGAACCGCAAGAUCUGGGUUCGCCGACCAGGCGCAUCGGCAACGCUAGUGCAAAUCCGGGAGGACGACUUGGUUGACGAUGUGCGCGAGAUGAUCUUGAAGAAGUAUGCAAAUUCUCUCGGCCGCACCUUCGAUGCACCAGACAUGACUCUGCGAAUCGUGCAACGAGCCGAGCAGGGUCAGCCGCGGCAUGAGCGGCAGCUGGGGCCGGAGGAAGAAAUGUGUAGGACGAUCGAUUCGUACUACCCAGGCGGGCAGACGGUGGAAGAUGCUCUUGUCAUUGAUGUCCCGCAGCGUCGAACACCGCGCCCUUCACCACGAGCGUAUCAGCAAGCUGGAUACCAGGCUCUAGACGACUAUCGACCCUUGGAAAACGGCACUGACUAUUUCCCGCCCAUGCCCGCCGUCGUGCCGGGCUCCAUAGCACAAACGUCAAACUCAAAUGAUGGGCGAGCGGGUGUACAGCAACACCAUCCUUCGACAGCAGCACCAUUGGAACCUCAUCAGCGCUCCAUAUCUGUCUUGAACACCGGUCAACUACCGCCCUUACCUUCACCUGGAGGCGGCAGACGAGGGCAUAGAGACCACCGACCAAAGUAUCAACGGCAGCACACUUCCUCACCGACCAUUGUAACCCACGCAUCAGCGCCUCCUGGUCACAAUCCAGGAGUAGUGGCAAUCGGCGUGCCGGGUAGUGCAAACUCAUCUUCGAUGCACCCCCUUGUGCAUCGCCAAACCACUCGGCCUAGGAACGAUUCGCUCGCUUCCGAUGGACACCACCCUACCAAUGGUCUGUCGGCCGCAGUACCCGCGGCUCAACCGCCUACGCCACCAGCACCAGAUACGCUGACAGCCCACCAGGCCGUCAGUAACCCGCCGACGCCUUCGUCAGGCUCAACGCCUGUGAAUGCUCAGCAUCGGGCAAGACCGCGGAAGAAUCGGAAGACUACACCUGAGAAAUCUGCUUCUGGAUCAAGGCAUCGCCGUGAGGACAACCAGACUGCUAACGGAGUGCCACCAAUGCCUACUGCAUCAUCUAUGCUUGAUGGCUCUGUACCGCCAAUCAAUGUACUUAUCGUUGAAGACAACAUCAUCAAUCUUCGCAUUCUUGAAGGACUAAUGAAGAGGCUGAAGGUGAGGUGGCAAACAGCCAUGAACGGGCAGAUUGCCGUCGACAAGUGGAGAGGCGGAGGCUAUCACUUGGUGUUGAUGGACAUUCAGAUGCCAGUCAUGAACGGCUUACAAGCCACCAAAGAGAUUAGGCGAUUAGAGAGAGUCAACGGCAUCGGUGUGUUCAGCGCCGACUCUGCAACGCCCAGUCCUGUAGAAGAGCGCAAGAGGAACAGCGAAGCAGACACAAACGGCGGAAGCACGAGUGAACCAACCGUCAACGGCGACGCCAAAGGGAAAGACAAGGUUUCUGACGACAAACUUGCUAUCAAUGACGGCCUUUUCAAAUCACCCGUCAUCAUUGUCGCGCUGACUGCUUCCUCUCUGCAAUCCGACCGUCACGAAGCACUAGCAGCAGGCUGCAACGACUUCUUGACCAAACCCGUCAACUUCGUCUGGCUCGAGCGCAAAGUCAAAGAAUGGGGCUGCAUGCAAGCCCUGAUUGACUUCGAUGGGUGGCGGAGAUGGAAGGACUACGCGGCGAAAGCCGAGGCGGGCAAGAGCGAAGAGCAGAAGAUGAAGGAGGAAGAGCAGGAGCGGAAGGAGAAGGUCAAGAUGGAAAAGCUGGCGAAGUUGCAGGAGAAGCAGCGAGCGAAACAGCAGAAGGAGGAAGAGGAGAAGAGGAAGAAGGGAAUGAGCCUGGGAUCCAGUGACGUGGGCACGGCGGCUACAGGGAAUGGGACAGUUCAGGGCGCUGAGCCGCCGGUGGUUGCUAUCGGACAUGUUGGGGCUGCUAGUGAAGGGUAG